UGCGCCAAGAUGGCCGCGCCCACAGGAACUCUCCAAAGGGCGCCGCCAUCGCAGUUGCGGGACCCUCUGAAGCCGCGCUGGGGUGGCCGCCAUGUCGGCCUCCUACUCCAACCGAAUCCUGACAAAGCCAGAGGCGGUGGGCCAGAGGAGGAGUACGGGAACAGCUGAAAAGGCCAGGCGUCCAAGGGAGAUGGCUGGGUCCGAGCCCCCGGGUGGUGCCUCGAAGGAAUGGGAAGAGCUGGAACCUGCCCAGAAGAAUUUGCACAAGGAAGUGAUGCAGAAGAACUACAGCAGUGUAGCCUCGAUGGAAAAUCAAGAUUCCAAACCGGAUAUGAUCUCUAAGUUGGAAAAAGGAGAAAAGCCACGGCUGGGGAAAGAGAAAAAACACAAACAAAGUGGCCCGAACAAAAUAGCAAGACCCAAGCAAAUGGGAGCCAGUGGAAAAGAAAUCCAGCAAGAUGAGGAGCAGAUCGAGGAAAAACAGAAAUCUCAAAGCAAACUCAUUAGAGAAGCUACAAUCAAGAAGAAAACUUCAACGAGUAAGAAAAGCAAUGAGUGUGGUUUGUUGGGGAAAAAAAAUAUCAGCACAAAACAUGUUCCUUCAAAAAAAAGACUUCUUAAAUUUGAAUCACAUGGAAAGACCUUGAAACAGAAUUUAGAUUUACCUGAUCAGAUAAAAAAAUAUGCAAAAAAGAAACCUGAUAUAGCCAAAGAACACAGGAAAUCAUUCAGCCAUAGCUUAUCUGUUGCAAAGAAAGAUGAAAAUUCACCUGGAAAGAAAUGUGAAAAAUUACCCAACAAUAGGUCAUCUGGUAAGUGUGACAAAAAUCAAACUGGCAAGAAAUGUGAGAAAUUAUGCCGCCAUAGCUCAUCCUAUACUAAGCAAGACAAAAUUCAAGCAGGAGAGAAAUGUGAGAAAUCAUCUAGACAGUCUUCAUCUCCUAAACCUGACAAAGCUCCAGCUUCUUUGAAACCUUAUGAAUGUAAUCAGUGUGGGAAGGUUCUCAGUCAUAAACAAGGACUCAUUGACCAUCAAAGGAUUCAUACUGGCGAGAAACCAUAUGAGUGUAAUGAAUGUGGGAUAGCCUUUAGCCAGAAAUCCCACCUUGUUGUACAUCAGAGAACUCACACUGGAGAAAAACCAUAUGAGUGUGUCCAGUGUGGUAAAGCUCAUGGUCAUAAACAUGCCCUUACUGACCAUCUAAGAAUUCAUACUGGGGAAAAGCCCUAUGAAUGUACUGAAUGUGGGAAAACCUUCAGACAUAGCUCAAACCUUAUGCAACAUGUGAGAUCUCAUACAGGUGAGAAGCCUUAUGAGUGUAAGGAAUGUGGCAAAUCCUUUAGGUAUAACUCCUCUCUUACUGAACAUGUGAGAACUCACACAGGUGAAAUACCAUAUGAAUGUAAUGAAUGUGGCAAAGCCUUUAAGUAUAGCUCAUCCUUGACUAAACAUAUGCGAAUUCAUACAGGUGAGAAACCAUUCGAAUGUAAUGAAUGUGGAAAAACUUUCAGCAAAAAGUCACAUCUAAUUAUACAUCAAAGAACUCAUACAAAAGAGAAACCUUAUAAAUGUGAUGAAUGUGGAAAGGCCUUUGGACAUAGCUCAUCUCUUACUUACCACAUAAGAACUCAUACAGGUGAUUGUCCCUUUGAAUGUAAUCAAUGUGGGAAGGCCUUUAAGCAAAUUGAAGGCCUUACUCAACAUCAGAGAGUUCAUACUGGAGAGAAACCCUAUGAAUGUGUUGAAUGUGGGAAAGCCUUCAGUCAGAAGGCACACCUCAUUGUACAUCAACGAACUCAUACAGGGGAGAAACCCUUUGAAUGUAAUGAAUGUGGAAAAGCAUUCAAUGCAAAAUCACAACUUGUUAUACAUCAAAGAUCCCACACUGGAGAGAAGCCCUAUGAAUGCAAUGAAUGUGGGAAGUCCUUCAAACAAAAUGCAUCUCUUACCAAACAUAUGAAAAUUCAUUCAGAAGAACAAUCUCAUGAGGAAAAUUAAUCUAGAAAAUCUGAUAACUUUUGUUUAACCCUAGAGAUGUCCUCAACUUGAGUGUUAGAAAAUCUUUAUCAGGAAGUCACCUUAGAGAAUAUGAAUAGAUAAUCUUUAUAUAAAAGGAGUGGAUGGAAAUAAAAUUUAAACUUGAUCCUAAACCUUUUACAGAAAUACUGUAUUUUUACAAUUAUUAUAAAUGAUUUACAUGUUUAGAUUAAAAUAUGAAACUUUAAAAAUUGUGAAUAAGGAGCUGGAGACAUAGCUUAGUAAAGUGUUUGUUAUGCAAGCAUGAGGACCUGAAUUCCAUCCCUAUAACUCAUGUAAAAAGCUCAACAUGGUGGCAUGUGCUUUUAAACCCAGCAUUGGGGUGGUGGAGACAGGAGGAUCCUUGGGACUAUUUGGCCAGCCAGCAGAGCCUGAUUGGCAAGCCCAGUUUGCAAUGAGAAAACCUGUCUUGAAACACAAGGCAGAGGGUUCCUGAGGUUGACCUUCGGCCUUCACAUACAUGUGCACAUAUACAUGUAUACCCCCCACAUAAUACACACAAAAUAAAGAUUGUGAAUAAAUUGAUUAAUCAGAGCAGUAAAGAAACAUGUAAAAUAUGCCGCAAUUCAUGAGUUAUUUGGGUGCCAUGUACUUACGCACCAUAACUAGAAUUCAGUUUUCAUAUGUACUUCCUUGUGAACAGUGUGGACAUCUUUGAUAUCACUAGCUUUUUUUGUUAAUGUCUGUAUUAACUUCUGUAUCAGUAAAAAACUUUAAAAGUGAGUUUUAUUUACCUAAAAAUUGUUAAUAAGACAUUUUUAGAAAGUGAGAAAAAAAGCAGCUGAAAUAAAUUUGCUGGUAGGAAAUGAUGCCCAAAGUAAGUGUAGAAAAAGUAAAUCCUGAACCACACAUAUAGUGUGUUCCCAUUGUAUCCAACAGGGGGGUAUGUUUGCCCUGUAUUUCUUUGCCUUUGUAUGCAUGUAUGUAUGUACAUAUUUAUACCCACAUAUUUGUAUAUGAAUACAUUUGAUUUUAGAAAAAUCUAGAAGAAAUUUCGUGGCUGCCACUAAACACAGGAGUACAGGAUUGAGGUCUGAAAUUUUUAUCAUGUUACAUGUAUUAUAUUCACAAUUAAAACAUAUGCAUAAAUCAAUGCUGUUCAAAAAUAUUGCUGAGUCCAUUCCACAGGAUUGUUUGACAAAAUAACAUAGUUUCUAUACUCAUUUAUGAAUGAUGAAUUUGAGGUAUAUGUUAUAACUUGAUAUUGAAUUUGUAGACUUUAUCUAUUGAACACAGAUUCUUUCAUUAACAUACAGCUGUGAUAGUGCUUUGUUUAUUUGUUAUUAAAAACUAAAGAUGAAUUGUGAUUGCCAUCUCUCCAUUUUAUCUCAUAUUCAGAGUAUUAACACACAAAUGCCAGAGUCAGGGAUUUCAAAUGUAUCACGGCCAAUGCUUCUAAACACUUUUCUUGCCCAGUAGCAGAUACUGUUGAUGGAUCACCGUUAGAUUUAGGAGGGCAGAAAAGGAAGGAGUUUAAAGUUUAGAAAUAAGAGUCAGAGCCAGACCUGCAACAGACAGGAAUGUGCUCCCUGGAUUCAGGAAGCCCAGCAAAGGGCUGAUAGCUUUAUCUCAAGGAAUGAUUAUUUGCAAACUGAAGAGGGAGCAGUCUGGUCUUAUAUAGGAACUCUGCCAUACACAGCUGCAAGAGUUAACUCUGUGCCAGGGUCUGGUGUCCUUGAGGGUCUCUUUUCUGAAGAUUAUUUGCUCAGUCAGAUGGAUGAGUUAUGUAUAGCACUAAAGGAGACAGGUGGGCUCCACAGUCUCUCUCAGUCCAGGGAGUGACCAGUUGAUAAGGCUUGAGCAAGGCCAGACUGCCAAUUUAGGGCCAGCUAACCACUCUAAGGAAUUUAUGUCUUUAUGGCCUCCUCUAAUGAAGCUUAUGGCUCUCCUGAAAUUCACAUAUUCUAUCAAUCACUGUGCUUUUUCCAAGUGAACCUGGAGUCCACUUCAGAAUACUUGUCAAGCAUGCAUUUCUGAAGGUACUAUGAAUCAAUAUGACUUUGUGCAGGAGACCUGUUUGCCAUUGCAUACCUGGAUUUUUUUUUAACUCUUGAAUCAUAUAUUAAAAAAAUACAUGAAUUGCUUUAAAAUUUGUUACAGUAAAAACCAUGACGUAUCACAAAAAUACUAUUAUAAAUUAUUUUAGUACAUCCUGAUAUGUAAUAUUGGAAAUAUAUAAUAUUUUCUCCAGUUACUGUAGCACACACUUGUAAUCCCAGCACUCAGGAAUAUUGUUGAGUUUGAGGUAAAAUGGGAAUAUACAGACCUAUCUCACCUCCUUUAGCCAAAAAGAAAAUAUUUGGCCUGUAUUCUACCUUUUCUGUUUUCAGAGCAUAGUCGCUGUAUUUAUUUCUCAGAACAGACACAGUCCAACAACUAGAACUUGUCUAGUUCUCUUCAGUUCUGUCCAGUAAAUAUUUCACCUACAUAGUAGUCUAAUGUAAUGGUAGGCCCUAAACAAAUAUGUAAUUAAAUCUUAUCUGCAAAUAUUCCUUAUUCUUGUUCUUGCAUUCCUAAGUUCCUCAUUUCAGAGAAUAAUAAAGUAUAAAU